AUGGCUCUAGUCUACGUUCACUUCGAAUUUAGAGAAGCAAGCCAACUAGAACCAAUUAAGGAAAUCGUUAAUCGGUAUAUUACUGAGAAGAAGCUACUCUUGGAAAGACCGAACAGCGUGGAUUCCUAUGCGCCUUUAGAGCGAUGCCUGGUGUCAGUUGAUACCGAUUAUGUGGAUGAAUUUAUCAAAGAACUCGAACAACAUCCAAUUAUUGCAGUUAAAAAGCAUGGAAACUAA